AGCAUCGGGGUGGGCGGCCGCGUCAUCCACAUUGUGCGCAUUUGACUAGCUAGCCACUCGGCGUUAACGCGCACCAUUAUGUCGGGGAAGAGCUUUCGGGUAAGCGACGGGGACUGGAUAUGUCCUGAUAAAAAGUGUGGAAAUGUCAACUUUGCAAGGAGAACAAGCUGUAAUAGAUGUGGAAGAGAGAAAACCACCGAGGCCAAGAUGAUGAAAGCAGGAGGAACAGAGAUUGGGAAGACGCUGGCGGAGAAGAGCCGAGGCCUUUUCAGCGCAAACGAUUGGCAGUGUAAAACAUGCGGUAACGUUAACUGGGCGCGGAGGUCAGAGUGCAACAUGUGUAACACUCCAAAGUAUGCCAAGCUAGAAGAAAGAACAGGAUAUGGUGGAGGUUUUAAUGAAAGGGAAAAUGUGGAGUACAUCGAACGUGAGGAAUCUGACGGUGAAUACGAUGAGUUUGGCAGGAAAAAGAAAAAGUAUCGUGGGAAGAGCAACAGCACGUCAUCCUCAAAAGGAAGCGAAAAGAAAGAAGUGGCAAAAAAGGUAGAGGUGGAAGAAGAGGAUGAGGAUGAAGAAGAUGGCGAUCUGUCCAAGUAUAAACUAGACGAUGACGACGAAGAUGACGAGGACGGUGACCUGUCCAAGUACGACCUGGACGCCAGCGAUGAGGAAAAUGAGCAGGCCAAGAAGGCGGCGGGCAGCCGUUCGGCGUCGUCCCGUUCCCGCUCGUCCUCGCGCUCAUCCAGCUCCAGUUCUCGGUCGAGGUCCAGGUCCCGUUCUAGGAGCUCCUCUAGUUCCCGCUCUGGAUCUCGCUCGAGGUCCCGCUCCAGAUCCAGCUCCAGGUCUGGAAAGGGCUCCUCACCCCGGAAGAGGUCCGUCUCGCCUCCCUCCUCGACCGAGGGCAGACAGAAGCGCAGUCGCUCCAGGUCGUCAUCUGCGGGGAGAAAGCGGAGGCGUUCAAGAUCCCGUUCGUCCGAAAGACGCAGCAACCGGUCCUCCGGAUCCUCCAAUUCUGGCUCCAGUUCUAAAAAGAAAUAAUUUUUACCUCAGUCCGAGUGCAUGUUACCCUGUGAGGAACCUCAUCAAAACAGUAUGCCGUUCAAUUUUUUUUUUUUUUUUUUUUAUAGAAUUGUGGCUCAUAUUUCUUGAGUUUAGCCAUCAUAUGACAAGUGUCUAAUACAUCCAUGGCCAUGAAGUGAAAUGUUGGUCCACUAGCACACCAUCUGUUCUAUUUAACAGCAUCCAGCUCAUGGUCGCAGUGGAAGUAUUUCCGUACCUUGUCCUUUAAAGACACUACAUCAUUUUUUUUAAUAGAGCACCAGGUUAGAAACAGUGCCCCGUGAAUUGAAUAUUUGCGUUUUACUUUAUCAAGGUAAGUAUUACAAACGUUAUCUGUGAACGGCACACAUUUCUAAUCCUAAUUAGGCUUUUUCUGUUUUGGGUUGGGGUUUUUUUUUUUUUUUAUAUAAUUGGUCAGACAUUUGUCCCAAUCAUUUACUGGAGGAACUGGUUGGCUCUGUGAAUUCUCCGUGGUCGUAUUCCAAGACUUUUGACGGUAGAUUGUGGCCAUUGAUGCUUUCUGCUGAUGAAACCACAAAUGUACGUGUGCAAAUAAAAGUCUUGUCAACCGUA